AUGUUAAGAGAAAAGAAAUUGGCAUAUUUCGCUUUUACUGGAGAAUAUAUUAUAUAAUUAAUCAAUCCUAUGAUUAUCGCUCUUCAUUAUAAUUUUGAUGCUUAUAAAAGAAUAAACAAAUGUAAAAAAUUUGCUCACAAUUUCAAAAACUAACUUUAGAUUAGGAUUCGACUGAUAAUACUUUUGCAAUAAGAGAUAUUCAGAUAUACAUAGGUAUAUAAUAUUAUUAAUUUAGAAUAAAAAUUAUGUGGAAAUUAAAUAAUUCAAUUUUCAGAAGAUUGUGAUGAUGCAAAUUUGUUUCCAUUUGUUUGUUGUUUCAAUUGUAAAUACUCAUGCGUUGAAGGAUGUUCUUUAUGUCAUAAAGGUAUAUGUCUAAAUUUUUUUUUCUGGAUGGGUUUUUUAGAGUAAUCUAUUAAUGUGCUUAAGAAUUAUUAAUUUAAAUUAAUAAUAAUAAUAAAUCAGUUUAUAAACUAUUUGA